CGUGCCUUCAGUAAGUAUGGGCUUCCUAAGCUUGUUGCUAAGCGGCACUCCUAGUUCUACGACUUCAGCUGCGACGUAUUUUGCUCUCAAUUAGGUGCGCAUUUUGCAGCAAAGGUACAAAGGUAGUAGCAGAAUGUAUCCAUGGCGAAUUGACGAGACAUAGUUUCUCGACCUGGGUUCGGAUCCAGCCUGAUUCCAACAUGCCGCGCCCAGCGCUUAUCAACUCUCUGAGUCGCACCACUAGCUCACUAAAUAUCAAGAACAAGACAGCAGCGCUUUGAAGUACUUGAAACAACUUCCUUGCGCUCGCUGACCCAACGGGUGCCAGCACUUCUAUGCGGUUGCCUUUCCAGGUUGCCUAGGCACCAAGCCGUCGGGACUGAAUCACAGCCACCAGCCAUCAAGCUCGUCAUUCUUAGGGCCCGCGCUGGCGCGACGAGCAACGACUACGCACAUGGACACCGAGCCAUCAACGUCGCAGCUCCUGGUGGAAGCUGAGCCAGGACGGGGAACGUCGACAGGCAUCCACUAUGCACAUGAAUAACCACAAUCUGAAGCCUGCGUUCGAAUCCUGCCCAAGAAGAAGGUCUAUCGCACCUGACCACGCGCGUAUGCGCUCGCCAAGGGCCCAGUCCCACGCUCCCUAAUCACAGGUCGAUGGACUGGUAAACGACGAUACUCCGAACGCCGCCCCGUAAACGCCCACGACCCAGCCGCCGCAGAUGCAUCAGACUGUGACAGACGCCAAGCUUGCAGUACCAAAUGCCCGGGCGACUGCCCAACCGGACAAAGUCCUGCAGCCACACAAGUUGAGCUCCGGUUUCCAAAUUGCAAGGUUGCUUUCGGCGUCGAGGCGCAGUCCAGCCCCCUCGCCGCAUGGUCCGCGCUGUUUUGAAACGGCGCGCUUCCAAGAACCACACCUUCAGCCACGAUGCUGUGUGCGGGCUGCGCGACAAUCGGCUGCGGCUUGGAAACCCUGCCACCCAUCCGUGGAACCUUCAGCCCGGCAAGCGCGUGGGAAGACGUAUCGCACUUGCGGCUUGACGACGCCAGCUGCCUCCUUCUCCUCCCUCUGUACCACCCCCUCACCCUCCGCCACACUCUCCCUCCGCCGCCUUCUCCCACUUCCCCUCCUCCUGCCUCUCCGCCUCCGCCACCUCCCCUUCCGCCAUCACCUCGCCCUCCGCCUCCCCCACCCCCCACCCCCAGCUGCCGCCUGCCCUCGUCUUCCUCCUCCUCUGCCUCCCGCCCUACUGCGACCCCUUCCCUUCCGCCUCCGUCUCCUCCCCUUCCGACUUCGCCACCCCCUCCACCACUCCCUCCAAUUCCACCCGCCUCGCCCCCGCUGACUCCUCCUCCCCCUUCCCCUCCCGCCCUCCCACUACAACCCCUGACUGUCAGCACCACAGCCUUCCCCUCCGCUUCCUCUGAUGUCAUCCACAGCCCCUUCCUCCUAGCCGCCGUUUCCCCCGGCUCCUCCUCCCAUGCCACCAACUGCCCAAACCGAUGCCUCGCCGCCUUCAUGACCCCCUCCACCAUCCCAUCCCUCCGCCCCACCUCCUCCCACUCCGCCUCCUCUCCACCUCCUCUGCCUCCUCCUCUCCUCCGCCUCCGCCCCCUUCCCCUCAGCCUCCUACGCCUCCUCAGCUUGAACCACCGUCUUCCCCUCCGCUUUCUCCUUCACCCUCUCUGCCACCUUCUCCUGCCCUGCGCCCACCUUCGCACCCUGCGCCUCCUGCUCCUCCUCGACCUCCGCCAACCCUUCCCCUCCUCCGCUGCCACCACCGCUGCUUCCUCGACCUCGACAGACUCCUCUCCGCCUCCAGCGCCUCCCCCGCCUCCUCCCUCCCUCCUCCCCUCCGCCCCCUCCUCAUCCUCCACCCCUCCCGCUCCGCCCCCUCUCCCCUUCCGCCUCCCCUUGGCAUUUCCGCCACCUUCUCCCCCUCCCCCUCCCCCCUCCCCAUCCGCCGCCGCUUCCUCUCCCCUCCUUCUUCUCUCCAACACCCAUCCACCUCCGCCGCCCCUUCAUCUCCACUGCCUCCACCUCCGUCCCCGACCUCGUCUCCGUCCCCCACUGCGGCCUCCAAUCACGUUCCCACCGCCUCCUCCGCAUCUUUCGGCUACAUCGCCUUACCCUUCUCCUCGCCACCUCUACACCUGCCACCUCUCCGUCUGCCACCAGAUACCAGUUCCAGCCUCAUCCUCAACCGCCGCCGUGUCUCCUGCCGUACCUGCUUACAUAUAUUGCGGCGUCCUGUCUCCUCUCUUCUCCUCCCCUCCUGGCCCUUCCUCUCCUCCUCCUGCCACAUCAAUGGCACAUCGUCCUCUGCCACCACCUACUCUUUCUAUUCCCGCCGAAACCUCCUCAGCCUCCUCAGCCUCCUUCCGCGCCGCCUCCUCCUCCCCCGCCGCCGCCGCCUCCUCCUCCUCCCCCGCCGCCUCCUCCUCCUCCUCCUCCCCCGCCACCACCGCCGGUGCCUCCUCCCGCGCCGCCUCCUCUGCCUCCUCCUCCUCCCUCGCAGCUGCCCGCGCCGCCGCCUCCUCCCCCGCCGCUGCCGCCUCGUUCUCCUUCUCCUACCCCGCUGUCGCCGCGCCCUGCUCCUUCCCCGCCGCCGCCGCCUCCUCCUCCUCCUCCCCGCCGCCGCCGCCUCCUCCUCCUCGCCCGCCGCCGCCGCCUCCUCCUCCUCCCCCGCCGCCGCCGCCUCCUCCUUCUCCCCCGCCGCCGCCUCCUCCUCCUCCUCCCCCGCCGCCGCCACCUCCUCCUCCUCCUCCUCCCGCUCCUCUGCCUCCUCUUUCCACUCCUCUGCCUCUACGUGCCACUCCUCUGUCUCCUCAUUCCUCUGCCUCCUUCCCCCCUCCCUCUGCCUCCACCUCCUCCCCCUCUGCCUCCUUCUCCCCCUCUGCCUCCUCGUACUCCUCUGCCUCCUCCUCCCCCUUCGUCUCGUCCUCCUCCCACUCCUCUACCUCCUUCUCCCACCCUGCCGCCUCCUCCUCCCACUCCUCUGCCGCCUCCUCCCACUCCUCGGGCUGGCUGUCUGGGGCAGGACUGCCGUAUGGUGCAUGAGCUUGCUUGGGGCUGUGAUGCUCUGCAUACGGUAUGGAUAAUGCAAACACCCAAUGCUAAGCCGCCUGUCUGUCAUGUGCAAUAUGCAUGUCGUUGGCACCGUCGACAUCGCUACUGGUGCUCCUGAUACCGUGGACACCAACUCCCAACGCCGGAGUGCCGGUGCGGGCCUACCCCACGACGUCCAAGCUGUUGGCGGGAGCCCCACAUUGCGCGGUGCCGCCCGAGCCAGGCCGGGCCGCGGGUAGCAAGCUGGGCAGCGUCCUGCAAGAUGUGGACCCCGCCUGUCGCUGAGGUCACACAGGACUUUCUGCCGACAACUUACCGUAUGAAUGUCACGUCAACCAGCCCAGUGCUCGUAUCUUCCUUCUUUUCAACAGAAGCUUGCCUUAAGAUACGAGCACUGAACCAGCCCCGGCGAAGGCGGCUCCAUGGGGCCCGAGGGUCCUGCGGGAGCGACUGCGCCCCAGAGCUGUCAGCCGCCGGUGUGGGAGAGUCUGGGGAGUGAAUGGUUAUGGGAGCAGAUGUGCGCUGGGGCUGGAGGCAUUGUGGAGGCUUGUGCGCAUCGUACAAACACAAUAAGAUGUGCCGGAACGAGGUAGUAGAAAAUGUAUGCGAGGAUUGCGGGCGGCGAGGUUCAGGGGCUUGUAUUGAUGGGGAACUGGUAGUCGCUCAGGGAGGUGGGGCACUGACCCGCCAGCAUGACCGGUCCACUUUACUAGACCUGUAAAACAUCGCCCUG